AUGGCCGGGGAUCGACCGGCCUCUCGAGCGGUGCUCUGCUCAUCAUCCUCACAACCUGUCCGCCCAACAUCCGACCGGUCACCGGUCGUGACGUCCUCUGCUAUGGCACUCAUAUCCGUUGCUACGACAGGACCUCAGAUCGCAGGUGCUUUGACAGAUCAAGUGGGGUGGAAGUGGUGCUUCUGGAGCUUCUUACCCAUGAGCGGCGUGACCAUGUUAACCACAUUAUUUUUACACAUCCUCGAGCAGACCGCAAAGCCCCCUUUCACCAAGACCACAUCAGAGCUCUAUACCCUGCUUGACCGUGUAGGCUUCGCGAUUUUUGCCGGCGCAACUGUCUUGCUUAUUCUAGCAGUCACCUGGGGAGGCUCGGAGCAUGCAUGGUCUUCUGCGGUGACUAUAGGGCUACUCUGUAGUUCUGUCGCCACAUCAGUGUUGUUCGCUUACUGGAUUCGCCGCCGCAAAGACGCAGCGCUGAUCCCUCCGAGCUGUCUGUGCCAUCAAUCCGUGUUAUUUAGGGGCGGCGUCAUGCUUUUACAAGGUGGAUGCACGCAGAUAAUCCCGUACUAUUUACCUUUUUGGUUCCAGGCUGUGAGAGGUGACAGACCAACUGAAAGCGCGGUCUAUAAACUUCCGUCCCUGCUGUCUAAUGCUAUUGCCUUGAUCGCGUUUGGAGCACUCGUCCGGAGAUUCCUCUACAUGCCGCCAUGGAGCAUCGUUGGAUCCAUGCUCAGCGCGAUUGGGUCUGGUCUCCUGUCAACCAUCAACCCAGACACCUCCAUGACCAAGCUGAUAGGGUACCAAAUUAUCACCAAGAUGGGUCGAGGAAUGGCGUUCCAAGUCCCCGUAAUAGCCGUCCAGGAAGAAGUGUCCAGCAAAGACAGCGCUACUGGCGUUGCCACCGUCAACCUCCUCAUGAGCCUCGGUAGCUCCGUCGGGAUUUCUGCAGGCCAGACGAUCUUCCGCAACAGCCUCCCGGCGCUACUGCGCGAGUAUGCCCCAGAGGUCGAUGCAACUUUGAUUGUCAACGCGGGAGCGACUGAGCUUUGA